UUUCUACGAUUGACAAAAUGAGUCAUAGAUUGACAAAAAGGGUGCACGAAGAAGACGAUGGAUAUGAACGUGCUUAUAAAAAACGAAGACGUGUUUCUGAAAAUCAAGAAAUUGAAGAUCGUUUAGAAUCUUUAAUUUUAAGGAUUGUGCCAUUAAAAUGCCGGAAAAAUGUACUAUUUAUACAACUCUAGUUGGAUUACUGAAUGCAAAGAAUUUCAAUUUUGGUGGUGAAUUUGUUGAUUAUAUGGUUAAGAAUUUUAAAGAUGCUUUGAAGGGAUGCAAGUGGGAUGUGGCAAGAUAUUCCCUGAGGUUUCUUGCGGAUUUAGUAAAUUGCCACGUUUUAUCGUGUGGUUCGUUAAUGCAGUUAUUUGAUAAUAUGCUAGAUGCUGCAAAUGAAGAUAGUGUACCACAAGUAAGACGCGAUUGGUACGUCUUCGCUGCUUUAUCAACAUUACCAUGGGUCGGAAGAGAACUUUAUGAGAAAAAAGAACAAGAAUUGGAUCAUCUAAUGGUAACCAUAGAAAUAUUUUUAAAUAAACGUAAUAAGAAACAUCAGCCAGCGUUAAGAGUUUGGUCUAGUGAUACACCUCAUCCCCAAGAAGAAUACUUGGAUUGUUUGUGGGCACAAGUAAGAAAACUUAGACAAGACAAUUGGGCAGAGAAACACAUUCCUAGGCCAUAUCUUGCUUUUGAUUCUAUUUUGUGUGAAGCGUUACAACAUAAUUUGCCUGCUAUAAUACCUCCUCCACAUCAUGAAAAUUGUACCUAUCCGUUACCUACUGCUGUCUUUCGUAUGUUCGAUUAUACCGAUUGUCCUGCCGAAGGACCUGUAUUACCUGGAAGCCAUGCCAUUGAGAGAUUUCUUAUAGAGGAACAUUUACGCCAAAUUAUUAAUAAUUAUUUUUUUGAAAGGAAAGAUUGUGCUGCACAAUUAUUAAAUUUUCCAUACAAAGCCAAAAUUCCUUUGGACUAUUGUAUAGUGGAAGUAAUAUUUGGAGAAUUAUUUAGAUUACCAACACCAAAACAUCUAGAGAUUUGCUAUGGAUCAAUUUUGAUAGAACUUUGUAAACUACAGCCUUCAACAAUGCCACAAGUAUUGGCCCAAGCAACAGAAAUUUUGUUUCGUCGAAUAGAUAGUAUGGCAGCUACUGCUUUCGAUCGUUUUGUUUGGUGGUUUGCAUAUCAUUUAAGUAAUUUUCAAUUCCGAUGGUCUUGGGAAGAUUGGGAUUCUUGUUUACAACGCGAUCCGGAGCAUCCAAGACCUAAAUUUAUUAGAGAAGUAUUGCUAAAAGCUUUGAGGUUAUCGUAUUAUCAGAGAAUUCGUGACAUGAUGCCAGAAUCGUAUGCCGAAUUAAUACCUGCACUACCAGAACCAGUAUAUAAAUAUUCAUCAGAAGGAGCAAGCUCUCUACCUGGUACUGCUGCAGCACACGAAUUAGUUGUAUCUAUAAGACGUAAAUGUACACCUGAAGAAGUUUUGAAUGUUUUAAAUACUUUGCCAGGACCUAAGGAUCACGAAGAAACAAAUAAUUUCAAUCCAUUAAAGAUUGAUGUUUUUGUUCAAACUUUACUUAAUCUUGGUUCCAAAAGUUUUAGUCAUAGUUUUGCAGCUAUAGGAAAGUUUCAUUAUGUCUUUAAAGUACUUGCAGAAACUGAAGAAACCGAAAUAUGUAUAUUAAGAAAUAUGUAUGCAUUAUGGAAGAACCAUUAUCAAAUGAUGGUAGUAUUAACAGAUAAAUUUUUAAAAACUGGUAUCAUAGAAUGUAGUGCUAUUGCAAAUUGGAUAUUUUCUAAAGAAAUGGCAUCAGAAUUUACAAAACUUUAUAUUUGGGAAAUUUUGCACCUAACAAUAAGGAAAAAAAAUAAACAUGUUAUUAAAUUAACCACAGAAUUGACAGAAGCAAGAGAAAAAUUAAGAAGGGCUGAAAGUAGAUCUGGUUCUUCAUCUGAGGAUGAUGACAAUAAUAAAGACCGUAAUAGAGAGAAACCAUCGGAAGAUGUCGUAGAAAGAAUGGAAGAAAAACUAGAAGCAGCACAAGCAAAUCAGAAAAACUUGUUUCUCAUCAUAUUUCAACGAUUUAUAAUGAUUCUUUCGGAGCAUUUAGUAAGAUGUGAUACUGAUGGUAUAGAUUAUAAUACUCAUUGGUACAAAUGGACUAUAGGACGAUUACAACAAGUGUUCUUGACCCAUCACGAACAAGUACAGAAAUAUUCAUCAACUUUAGAAACUUUGUUAUUUACUCCAGAUUUGGAUCCUCAUAUUUUAGACGUAUUUCAUCAGUUUGUAUCUUUAAGAGCAUAAUUUAAAAGUAUAAUUCUAAUAAAGUACAUAGUUAUAAUCAAAUAAUGAUGUAAGUGGCUUAAAUCCAAAUAUCACGACUAUUUUGUUUUAAACAAAUGUCAUGUGGUAAAAGAUCCUAUUUACCAAAUUUAUGACUAUACUGUGAUUACACACAGUAAUAUAAGAAAAGUCUACUUUGUCAUUUCUAAUGAUAAUGAUAGUAUCAAUGACAUAGAAAAAAUAACAAGGCAAAUAUGUUGCUUAAAUAUAGUGCAUUUAUAUACAAGUAUUUAUAAGUAUGGGCACUAUUGUUAGCAUGAAUGAAAUGUUCUUUGAUUAAUAUAUAACUAUGGAGAUUCAUAUAAUAUUCUGUGAAUUUUACUAAAGUUAUGAGAUAUCAAACAUAUACAUGUUUUCUAACUAAAACUAUAAAUUCUAUAACUAUAACUAUUUUAUAUUUAAGGUAUCUUAAAUACAUGCUUGAUUUUGCUGUAAUUUUGUAGAAAGAUUUAUCAUUAUCAUUUAUCAAAAUAAAUCUUAAUAAAAAGAUAUUUUAUUGUAACAAGACUGUAUUGUUUAUGAUCUCCAAAGAAAUUCAUUAUGUCUAUAAAUAGGCAAAAGAAAUUAAUUAUAAAAUUAAGGAUAAAAUUUAAGAUCUUCAAAAUAAUCUAUUGAUUCUAAAAGAAUUUCUUUCAAAAUCUUACUAAAUGUAUUUGUUAGAAAUAUUUGAAAAUACAUAUUUAAAAAUAUACAUGAAAAAUAUAUUUUAUAUGGAAUAAAUAGAACAAUAACUUACAUGAUCCAUCUUCUCGCUUUGGUCCAAGAUUAUUUAGUCUAGCGAACAAAGGAAAGUAAAUAACGGAAAACGUAACAUCUCUUAACGCCGUUGCUCCGGUUCCUUGAUAAAGUCCUAAUAUUCCUCUUUGUCUAAGAAGAUCCUUAGUUAAAGAUAAUGCUGAUACUUUUGGUACAGUUUUUCCAGCUAUGACAAAGAAGAGAUAUAGUGUAGAAUCUGAUAAAUAAUUAUAGUUCAAUAUAUUCCGAAUUAUUUGUAUAAAUGGUGAUACGUGUAUCUUUAAAAGUAACAAUUUAAAAAUAUAUAUAUAUAUAUAAACAUUAAGCGAUUAUAUGUACAUAUAUAUAAUUCACAGGCUUUAAAUUACUUACAUUCUCUUGCAGCUGCAGCGACUCUACCUGCAUCUUGCAUCUGAAUUUUAAGUAAUUCCAUUGGAGUAGUAAUAACUAUUUGACAAGCUCCUGCUAAGCCUCCAGCCAACAUUUCACGUUGUAAUGGCAGUUGUUGGCUAUGGAAUUUAAUAAAGAAAAAAAAAAACAAAAAGACUAACAUCUUUGAAAGAUCUUUUUUAAAUGUUCACACUAAAUUCAAUACAAAUGGGGCUAACAUAACAAUCAUAUGCUUUGGAAAUGGUAAAAUUAUUUGAGUGUUCAAAAUUGCAAUCACAUCUACUUGUAGGAAGUUGGACAAUUUUUUUCCCCCUUUUUUUUUCCUUUCUUUUUACCUUAUUUGUGUUAGCAUAUCUUCUUUUAUGUUAUAACAUUAUAAUUUUUAUAAUUAUUUCAGUUAUAAAAUUUAACGAUUGCAAUAAAAGUAGUACCCUGCUUGUGCAGCGUGCAUAAUACUUAUUUUAAUGAAAUCAGUAUACACACACAUUAUAAAAAAUAACAUAAAAAUAUAUUACAUGUUAAAAAUAUUGUUAAAAGUCGGGAACCAUUUCUUUUCGUUUUUUUUUUUCUGACAUGAUUAGAUAGUGCAAUAGGGUAGAUUCAGUGUUUUUGACAAUUUACUAUAACGACAUUUUUUAGCGAGAAUUUAUAGUUAAUAACAUUAACAAUCAUGUAUAUAAAUUCUUUUACGAAUAAAAAUGAAAGAAAAAAAAAGGAAUAUUAAAAAUUAUAUAAUUUUAUUGCAAUCUCUCAUUGUUAGUACUGGAACUCGCCAAAGAAUGCUCUACGGAUCUCAACUCAAUCAUUUGACACUUUUUACACGUACUUUUUUUGUUAGUGUAUGUAGCGUUUGCUCUAUAGAGAUUCCUCAUGACUCUGCUUGUACACGCAUCCCUCAGCGAUAAAAUACUUUUUUUUUUUACUGCCGCCAUCUGAUCUUUUAUUUUUGUUGUCAGGCUCAUGUAUCAUCCAUACACGAUAUAUGCCUUAUU